AAGCGUUCGAAGAAGAGAGAGUGACUUGGAGACGGCGAUCGAGGAAGAGAGAGUGAUUUGGAGGCGGCGAUCGAGGAGGAGAUCGAGGUGCCCUCGAUGGCGACAGCGGAGGAGGAGAUCGUCUACAAGACCAAGGUCGUUCGGUUCGUCGGCUGCGGCAUCCCGGAAGACCGUUGCCCUCCCCUCGCAAUCUGUGAUGUUUUGCUGCUGAGGAAUCAUCUUAAUUUGAGCCUGGACGUCUCGGAGGUCUCGCUGCAGAAGCUGCUCUCGCUCGUCGCGGAAAGAUUGAUCGACCCUAACUGCAACGUGCAGGAUGAUGGACAUGUCAACAAUCGGCAGCAGAACAUAUCUGAAGCAAUUGAUCUGCUGCCUCGGCUUGCGGCUGGGAUCGAUGUAAACGUGCAUUUUAGGAAGUGAGUCCAGUCGUUGCUCUCGAUUGCAGUUGCAG